AUGUGGAUCAGUGGGCAGAACAAGUAUCCUUCCGACGUCAACGAGAUUGAUUUUCGCUAUAACCAAGGAACUCAACUUCGCGACCCAAGCAUGACGGAAAUCGCUGAUUACUAUCGGCGCAUUGUCAAUUGGUACGUCAACGGUGGAUUUACCGACGAAUGCGGCACCUACCAUUAUUCUGGUCAUCACUGGCCUAUCGAGCUAUGGGAAGUUCUAAACGAACCGGAACUGGAGCAUCAAUUUACGCCAGAACUGUACAACAAAUUUUACGAUGCCAUAACUGCGGCAAUUCGUGAAGUUGCGCCCAAGAUUCGAUUUGUUGGGGAGCAAGCAACAUCGAGCUUCCAGCAGAUGGACGAUUUCAUCCUUCAGGUCCAGAAAAUUAACCAGGUUCGAGCGAGAUUGAAUCCGGGAAUGCGCAUUGGGUUCGGCGAGAUCGGCACCAUUCUCCAAAAAGCAGGCAUACAUAUCACUCCUGGAUACGUCAUUUCAGAUGAGUAUUGGGUGUGGAGUGCAAGCGUGUUUGCCUAUGUCUUUGCAAAGACGUCGGGGUUGGAUAUCGACGCCAUCGCGCAAAGUCAGCUUGAUGGAUACCCUGGCCAGUUCGAAUCAGUAUCCAUGGUUGACUACCGGACGGCCGAGCCCAAUGCACGAUAUAGGGUUCUUGAAAUGCUGCAGAAGAACUUUCAAGCGGGGGAUAAGCUUCUCAACACGACUUCAGCAGACGAAAAGGCUUACCACGCUCAAGCUUAUCGAACUGUUGACGGCCAAAGAAAGCUGCUCUUGAUCAACAAAACGGCCCAGAACCACACACUUACCAUAUCCAGUUUCAACCAGGGGCAGGCACAGAUUUGCGACGUGAGCUCGGGUUCGAAUCCUCAUAGAACGGAAAUCGUUCAAGGUGACGAGAUCACGCUUACACCUUUUUGCAACCGUGAUCCUCAUUCCCAGUUGCUAAAGGCACGGCCUCUCAAAUUUGUAAAGUAG